UAGAAAGGAGUGAAAAAAAGAGUGUCCAGAUUGGUCGUCAUCUCAAGAGUCGAGUGAAACACAGAGAUGGAGGAAGGCGGGUUCAAAAUUGAGGAGGAGGAAUUCUUAGCUUGCUGUGGAAGCUCUCAAUUCGCGACAGAAAUGGCAAAGUCCCCGCCUUUCUCUUCUCUCGGGGAAGCAGUCACCGCCGCCAGAGACAUUUGGUUCAACAAAGUCGACGUCACCGGUUGGCUUCAGGCUUUCUCUGCUCAUCCUCAGAUCGGCCACACUCCUCCUCCUUCUUCCCACUCCACCUCUGCUCAAUGGAGCAAAGGAGAGCAGUCAACUGCUUUGGCAACUGCUACGACUUCUAGCUUACAGGAACUCUAUCAAUGGAAUGCUAAAUACAGGGAAAAGUUUGGGUUUAUAUUUCUUAUAUGUGCGUCAGGGAAGAGCACUGAUGGAAUACUGGCCGAAUUAAAGAAACGAUAUCCAAAUAGACCUAUUGUUGAGUUUGAGAUUGCAGCCGAGGAGCAGAUGAAAAUAACAGAACUACGUCUUGGGAAUCUUUUCUCAACUAAAGAAAAGGAUCCUUCCCCUGGCAAUGUGAAUCCCACAGUUGCUGCUAAGAAAGUGGAAGAAGAUCGUGUAAGCAUAAUUGGAGGUCACCUAAGUGCCUUUGAAAUUUCAGCUGUCAAAACUCAGACUCCAACUCGAACUCGUCCACCCAUCACAACCCAUGUCUUGGAUAUUUCUCGAGGAUCUCCGGCUGCAGGCAUUGAAGUAUGUUUGGAAAUGUGGAAGGGUCAUCAACCUCGUCCUGUAUUUGGUGAGUCAACUACAGGCGGUUGGGUAUUUCAAGGGUCUUCAACUACGAAUAGUGAUGGGCGAAGUGGUCAGUUGAUGAACAUAGUUGAUGCGGUGAACCCAGGGAUAUACAGGAUAAGUUUUAACACCGGAAAGUACUGCCCAGGUGGGUUCUUUCCUUGUGUUUUCAUCGUGUUUGAAAUCAGGGAGUCACAGAAGUUGGAACAUUUUCAUGUUCCUCUGCUGCUGUCACCAUUCUCAUUCUCAACUUACCGCGGAAGCUAGCAUCUGUUUUAGGUCGUUUCACAGGGUCAAUAAUAUUUACUUCAAAUCUUGCAUUUGAAGAUGUAUCAUGUUUAUAGGCAAAUGACUGUUUUCUAAUUUUGAAUCUAAAACUCUUUGAGAGCCUGAAACUCGUGCAAAAAAAAAAAAUUAUCAUUGGUUUAUCAUGUUGUAGAUUCCUCAUAGUGCUGAACGAGAUUCUAAUUAGGAAGCAAAUUUUCUUCAUAUCGUAGUAACUUAAUUCAUUGAUUUAAUUUUGGACUGUUC